CUGAAAACAUACACACAUGCAGACAUCCUGACACACAUUCAUACACAGCUCACAAAGGUUUCAUUGGGGAUUUAGGAGAGCCUGUCUCCAUUUGUAGCUCCUGAACAAACAGCGUAACAUAUCCCCCCUGCCGUCUCCAUGGCUCUUCUGUGCUCUGGCCUAUUGUUGCUUCUGUGUGGGUUCGACUCUGCCUCAGUCACCUUUGUAGCUGAUGUGGACUAUGGAGGCAUUCCUCUGUGGAUUAACCGCAUGCUGGGUGAGCCCAGUGUGCUGACUCUGCAUGGACGAAUGGACCCAAGCUGGCUCCGUGCUAGUAAUCAGCACCCCUGCCCUGAACAGUGUGACUGUCCCAUCCAGUGGCCCACAGCGCUCUACUGUGAUCAGAGAAACUUGGCACACAUCCCUGACAGCCUGCCGGAUAGAACUCAAUACCUGUUUCUACAGGGUAACAACAUCUCGUUCCUGUCCUCCUCCGUCCUGGCCAACGUUACCGGGCUACGGUGGCUUAUUCUGGACAAAAACCAAUUGGAGAGCGACAAGCUGGAGCAGAACUCUCUGCAGGACCAGACCCAGCUGCGGUACUUUUUUGCUAACCACAACCACCUGAGUUCAGUGCCCAGUUCUUUACCAGCUGGACUCAAACAGCUGCGACUGGCCCACAACCAAAUCAGCAGCAUCAACCCAAAAGCUUUCCAGAACUUACAUAGCCUGACGCUGCUGCUGCUGCAGGGAAACAGACUGUACACUAUCACAGAGGGAGACCUCAGAGGUCUGGUCAGUCUGAACCUGUUGGACCUCAGUGGGAAUUUGUUUUCAGCUGUUCCCAGGCAUUUACCUCCCUCCGUUGAGCAGCUCUAUCUGUCAAACAACUCUCUCACUGGGCUGGAUGCGGAUAGUUUUGAGGGAUUUCUCAGCCUCAAGUAUCUACGUUUAAGUCACUGUGGCCUGCAGAACCAUGGGGUCCACCCGCAGGUCUUUAACCACUCCAGCUUGGUGGAGCUGGACCUUUCAUACAACAAACUCACUGUCAUUCCCACAGUCCCCACUACCCUGCAGUACCUCUACCUGGAGGCCAAUAAAAUACAAGCGUUCAAUGUGACCAGUUUCUGCAGAGAGGUGGGACCUCUGUCUUACUCCAAGAUGAAGUUUCUACGAUUGGAUGGAAAUAAAAUAUCCUACCAUCAGCUGCCUCCUGACUGGGUUUUCUGCCUGCGAGUGCUUCAGCGCAUUUACAUUUGACUCCACCUUCUAAAACCAAAACCCAACACAUAAGUACUCUAUGCAGCUGUCAAAUCUCCAACCACGACUCAGCAUUUUAUUAUCCACCUCAUAAUAUGAACUCUAACAACCUAGCUUUAAAGCUUAAAACCAGAGAAGGCUCUAAGUCUCUUCACUAUGUGUUCAAUUAUGCAGAUACACAGCCAGGUGGUGGUGGUUAGAGGAAAAGUGAUCUUCAAAAAAUAGCAAAGCUUGGCCUUAACCCUAAACCAGUGUAAUUUAUUGGUAAUGACAGAAGUUCUGAUCAAAAGUUUUUUUUAUACCAUCACUGCAGUCUCGUGGCUUUCUCUCUCUUCCAAUUUCUGCAUCAUCAGGUUUUAAACAUCUGUGUGUUAUUAGUAACUACGAACAGUGACAACCCCUCUCAUUUUUGAGUUUACCAAACGAUGAGCUCUGGUUAAACUGAGCUGCCCUUGAGCAAAGGAAACAUGUAUGAAUGGCAAAAUUCAGUAGCUUUCCCAGGAGAGGAUCUGACUCAGUUAGCUGGACACUGUUUUACAGCCACACCAGUCUACAUGUGGAUCCGGGUGGAAAAUGAGCAUGUAUUGACGCACGUUUUAAAGAUUUU